GAAGAAGAACAUUAUGAGAUAUGCAUUUUACUUAAUCAUUCUUUUUUUUAAAAAAAAACAGGAACUCGUAAAACUAUGUGUCAUACACUUAACAAGAUGUACAUAGAUGAGGCAACUGAUGCCCAACUUGAAGAGUUACUCACUAAAGCGAAAAUAGUGGAGAGUGUAAGUCUUACAGAUCAGAUAUUGAACUAGAUGUCUAAUGAUUGAGCCACAGGAUAAUGGAUCGUUGGAGCCCAUGGUACGCAAUAUGUUGCUAAGAUUUAUCAGAUCAGUUGAGAAGCGUCUUCCGGAAGAACAAGAAAACCAAGAGACUCAAAAGGCUGUCGAUGAUGAGAAUGACGAGAAUGAGGAAAAUAGGGAGGAUGGGACUAUAGUAAUACCACAGAGGCUAUGGAUACUGCAGAUGCUGUAGAUGCUGUAGAUGCUGUAGAUGCUGUAGAUGCUGUAGAUACUGUAGAUACUGUAGACACUGUGAAUGAUAU